AUGCAGUUCCUCAAGUCCGUUUUCGCAGGGUUGCUGUUCGCCCUCUCGAUGCCUUCGGGCACGGGGGCAUCGGAUCUAUACAGACAGCAUAAGAUUUCCCCCAAAGUCUUCAUCGUCUCGAUGUUCCCCCCCGAAGCCCAAAUUUGGCACAACAUCCCCGAAUUCAACCUGCUCGCCCACAACAUCACCCUCCCAGGCCUCUCCCCCCUCUUCCCCUCCAUCCACUGCACCCCAUCCUACGAAAUCUGCCAACUCAUCACCGGCGAAGGCGAAAUCAACGCCGCAGCAACCCUCUCGGCACUAACUCUCUCCCCCACCUUCAACCUAACAAGCACCUACUUCCUCCUCGCCGGAAUCGCAGGAAUAAGCCCUGAAAUCGGACCCACAGCGUCCGUGACAUUCGCGCGCUUCGCCGUGCAAGUCGCCCUGCAGUAUGAGUUCGAUGCGCGCGAGAUCCCCGCUAAUAUGUCCACGGGAUACCUGCCCCAGGGUUCAACCAGUACUGCAGCGACGGGGCAAUUUCCCGGCGAUAUCUACGGGACGGAGGUGUUUGAGCUCAACGCGGCUUUGCGGCGCGUUGCGGCGCAGUUCGCGACGAAUGCGACGCUGGCGGAUUCCCGUGCCGCGAGGGAAUACCGUGCGCUCUAUGCGGGGGCGCCUGGUGGGUUGUAUGAUAAUGCGACUGGGUCUCCGCGUGUGAUUGAGUGUGAUACCUCGACGAGUGAUGUUUAUUUCAGCGGGAGGAGGCUGGGGGAGGCGUUUGCGAAUACGACGCGGGCGUGGACGGGUGGGAAGGGUGUUUACUGUACGUCGCAGCAGGAGGAUAAUGCGUCGUUGGAGGUGUUGUUGCGGGGCGCGGUUGGUGGGUUGGUUGAUUUCUCGAGGAUUGUUGUGAUGCGGACGGGGUCGGACUUUGAUAGGCCGCAUUUGGGGGAGACGGCGCAGGAGAAUCUGUUUGGGGCGGAGGAGCAGGGCGCGUUUGAGCCUGCGGUGGAGAAUCUUUAUCGUGCUGGUAUUCGGGUUGUUGAGGGGAUCUUGGGGGAUUGGGAGGGGAGGUUUGAGAGGGGGAUUAGGGCUGGGAAUUAUAUCGGUGAUGUGCUGGGGACUCUUGGUGGGAAGCCGGACUUUGGACCGCAGGCUGGGAAUGUAAAGAGGGCGAUGAAGGGGAGGUCGAGAAGAUGA